GCUAUGAGUAGGCUUUCCCGCACAAACUUCAACAAAUACUAGACCCAAAAAGCCAGACAAGACAGCACCAUGAAAGAUAUAAAAUCCAAAUUAUUAUUUAGCCGCUUCGCUAAGUCUCUGUUCAUUGCAAUUGUCAUCACUUUGUAUAUUGUGUUGAUGAUGGAAGGCAACCGCAUCGAUUAUGGCAGUUGCGAGGGCAAACAUUUGGCCAGCAACGCCACAAAGGCUGCCAAUGCCACAGGACAGUUGCAGCCAGAGCAUACGCUAGAGCUUGAGGUGGAGGUGGAGGUGGAGGAAAGAGAUUUUGUGAUUACUCGCGGCUGUCAUGUGGGUGCCGUGAAACCUCUGGCCGCUGCGGUGCUACCAUUUAUCCAACAAUUGCGUGGGAUUGUGUGUCCCAGGGUGCAGCUACUGAUAACCGAGACAAUUGCCGGCAAGAAUUAUUUGUUCCUCAAUCACAGCGAGUCGCAGUUGGACGCCUGUUGUGGCGUGCAAAAUCUCAGCGAAGUCAACUGCACAUAUUUUCAAUUGAGACGAAAGGAUGAUUUUCGCAACACAAAAAUAGAACGAAAAUAUUUUAAUUUGAGCAGGCAAUCGAGAUACCUGGAGGUGGGCAGUGGCAAUCAGUAUUUGUGGGUCAAGUGUGCAGCAAACGGAGAGAGCUUUUAUAAUGAUACGCUAUUUUUCGUGGCACCACCAACGAUGGAGCAGCAGCCCAAGCCCCACGGGCGACUCUCCGUGCUGAUAUUGGGCAUUGAUUCGCUCUCCCACAUGCACUAUCGGCGCUCCUUUCCGCAAGUGGCGGAAUUUAUUGAACAGCUGCCGCAUACCGAGUUCUGGGGCUACAAUCGCAUCGGUCGCAACACCUUUCCCAAUAUGAUACGCCUCCUGAGCGGCCUCAGUCCCAAGGAGCUGAAUGACAGCUGCGUUUCGGGCAACAAAACCUUCGAUGACUGUCACUUGCUGUGGGAUGACUUCAAGGCGGCUGGCUACACGACCAGCUAUGGCGAGGAUAGCGACAUAUACGACAUAUUCACGCUCAAUAAGAGGGGCUUUGUCCGACAGCCCACGGACUUUUAUUUGCGACCCGUAAUGCAGAACAUCAGACAGCACACCCAGUAUGAGGCGAGUGGGUGGUUCGGCGCGCCAUCGAUAACUAUGAGCUGCACGGGGGGACGCCUCUAUCAGGAUGUGCUCCACGAGUUCAUCUACAAGCUGAUGCCGCACAUGAGACGCCAGCCCACAUUCUCGCUAUUUUGGCAAUCAUCGGGUGUGCAUGACUAUUUCAACUAUGCCCAGACAUUGGAUGAGCAUUAUGUGAGAAUAUUGCGCGAGCUGCAUGUGCAGGGCAUCAUGAAUCACACGCUGAUACUGCUGAUGUCCGAUCAUGGGCUACGGUUCCAGGGCAGCGACAGUGCGGGCAACGGAUAUACGCAAACAUUUCAGGGCAUGGAGGAGAUGUCACAGCCAUUGCUGAUGGCCCUCUAUCCCGAGUGGCUGGGCGAGAGGUUUCCCCUGGCCAUGUGGAAUCUGGAGCGGAAUGCGCACAGUCUCGUCACGACAUUCGAUCUGCAUGAAACACUCAAAGAUGUCAUCCAUUUGGAUGAGCGUUUGAGCGAUGAUCAGCUGGAGAAGCGAACGCUUCAUUUGGCCAACGAGCGGGGCAUCAGUUUGUUUCUGCCGAUACCAGGGGAAAGGAACUGCACCACCGCCCAGAUACCAGGACACUUUUGUCUCUGCUUCAAGCUGCGCAAGAUCUCCCGCAAGGAGAGCUCUGUGCAGAAGGCGGCACAGUUUGUGCUGGACAGCAUCAAUGGCCUGAUCAAACCGUAUGCCCAGUGCCAGCCAUUGAGAUUGGUGAAAAUUCUGGCUGCCUAUAAUCUAAGCGGCCGAAAGCAGAAAGCUGGCACUAAACGGCCAUUCAGAGCUUCCUAUGAUAGAUACGCCACACAGAAGGCGGCAGAAGUUGACUACGAAUCGAGUGAUAGCGAGGGACGAGCUGUCCACCAGAUUAGGGUACGCCUGAAGACGAGACCCGGUGAGGGACGGUUCGAUGCGAGCGUUUUGAUCAAGCCACAAAUGAGACUGCUGGGUCCUGUGACCAGAACCGACAAAUAUGAGAGUAAAUCCCAUUGCGUAAACGAUUAUCACAUUGAAAGGUACUGCAAUUGUUUGUAAUUUCACUUAAAUAAUUAAUUUGCAUAAUAUUUUCUUGUUGCUCUGGAUUAAUCGUAGGCUUCAAU